AAAUAUCUUCGCGGCUAAUUAAGUUGUUGUGCUCUGUCAGUAUGACUUUGGAUAGUGACGCAAAUGAGUCUGGUAAAAAGAAAACACCCAGUCAAACAAAAAUUAAAAAGGUCGUGGUCCAUCCACUCGUAUUAUUGGGGGUCGUUGAUCACUAUAGUCGAUCUGGAAAAGUCACCAGUGGUCAGAAGAGAGUUGUAGGUGUUCUUUUGGGCUCAUUAAAUGGAAGCAUUUUGGAUGUCAGCAAUAGCUUCGCAGUUCCUUUCGAAGAAGAUGCCACUGAUCCGGAUGUUUGGUUUCUCGACCACGAUUAUUUGGAAAGCAUGUUUACCAUGUUUAAAAAAGUUAACGCUCGAGAAAAGAUUGUGGGUUGGUAUCACUCCGGUCCUAAGCUUUGUACAAACGAUAUUAAAAUUAACGAACUUUUCCGGAAAUAUGCUCCGAACUCAGUUCUGGUAGUUGUUGACGUCAGAAGAAAAGAAAUUGAUGGGCUACCCACUGAGGCUUAUAUCGCAGUUGAAGAAGUUCACGAUGAUGGAUCCCCAACAACGAAAUCUUUUGAUCAUCUUCGAUCGGAAGUAGAUGCUGAAGAAGCUGAAGAAGUUGGUGUUGAACACUUACUGCGGGAUAUUAAGGAUACAUCACUUGGUUCUUUAUCGCAAAGAAUCGGUUGUCAGUUAGAUGGAUUAUCCGGUUUAUUACGACAGUUAUAUGAAAUUCGUGAAUACUUGCAGUUGGUUUCUUCUGACAAGCUUCCUGUUAACCAUCGUAUAAUAUACCAGUUGCAAGAUAUUUUCAAUCUGCUUCCUGAUCUCAAACUGCAUGAUACAGUCCGUGCAAUUCACGUUAAUACUAACGACCAAAUGCUUGUUAUUUAUGUUGCUGCUAUAAUGAGAGCAAUACUUGCCUUACACGAUCUAAUUAGUAAUAAAUUAACAAAUCGUGAAACUGAAAGAAAUGAAGAAGGCUUGGGUGGUAAUACAGAGUCGAAAAAAGUUCCUAUUGGUUCUGUUGAUCAAAAUAAUGGAAAAGUGGAAAAUGGAGCAAAGUCAAAUGGGUUAGAUUCAUCAAGGAAGAAGACUGACAAAUAAUGGUGUGUAUGUGGGAAGCGUUGUUCUUAUCCACAUAGCAUGUGUACACAUUUCUUUUAUGAUAAAACAAUUAUGGAUAACACAGUUGGUAUUAUUUUAGUAUUAUCCUGAAAUGCCAAUAUAAUCGUUCUGUACAAUG